GUUUCGCGCCUUUUUGUCGAAGCAUUGUGGGAAAAUAAGUCAUUUCCGGCUGAGUAUUGUGAGUUCUUGGUGUCGUCAGCCCUAUUUUGGUCAAAAAUCGAGCAAAACAUGACCAAGUCUAAAUCCAAGAGCAAGAAAAGCGACAAAGGAAAGGAAAUUAAUAAUCCGCCCAACGCUGGCGACAGCAGAGUGAGUGAAAUGUAUCAAAUUUUAUUACGAAUUCACUGAAGCCUUGUCGCUUGAAGGCCGCCAUUUUGGAUGUGAUUCACGUGCGAGUGAAGGAACACAUGUUUUGUGUUCGAUUAAUAGUUGACUAAACCUUUCGUGACGAACAAGAAGUAAUUAUUGGACCUCACAGCGUAGCUGAGCGUAUCGUAAGAAUUUAAUUGAAUUUUGAAUUCGAUGAAUGCAACGGUUAUUCAAAGAACUAACUGAUUGAUUUCCGGUUCACAGCCCCCAAGUUCAUGUGACAUUCGUCCGCCGACUCCUGCUAUUCAAAGUCCUGUCACUUCAAGUUCGAGACUGCCAAAGCCAUGGUUUCAAAGCGAAAUUCUAAAUAUGAUGUAAGUAAACAGAAAAUCGAUCUGGGUUGGUGUCAUAAUCUUAUUUGCCCUACAAACACCAAAGCAUUCGCGCCUACAGUAACGUCCCAGUCUAGUUUACGCGACAAUAACCUCGCGGUCACGGAUAAUUGUUCUGCAAACGUGUUUUUGUUGAAGUUCUAACCGCUGUGGAUUUGAUAAUGACCCAUCUAGGCAACCACACUUUGAUAACAAUACUCUCGAUUUGCAAACACAUCGACGUUGGAGGUCGAGCCUCCAAUUGUUUACAAUUGUCUUAAGAGGGUUGAUAGAGGUAUAUGUAUUUGUCCACUCUCGGCGGACUUGCUGCUGUGCAUUUGUGUUGAAAUCGCGGCUCGUUUGUCGCUUUUUUUUGAACAAAAAAGCUCACCGAAAUGGUGCCGAUUCGUUUGAUAUCAGCUCAUUACAUGGCGGUUUUGUUCUGAUUUCCUGAGGCCAAUUGUUGAAUAGAAUAAUAGGUCUUUAAUUCUGCACGACGUUUUUUGACAGUUUCGGAUAAUGAUUUGCCCUCGGGCCAGGAAGCGAAAGUGCACUCAAGAGGCUUGUACAAUUGACAAAAUAUUUUCCCACGAAGAGGCCGCAAAACGUUUGUGACAAGUGUGAUUAUCACCACAAUAAUGUGGUCGCGGUUUCUCAGAGAAUAGGGUUUAUCGAUAAAUGCACAUUUGUGUGUGAAAACUCAAUUGCGUGAGAACGCGACUGUUUAAGCUUGUUUACUAAAUCGAUGAUCCGUUCGAUUCAAUUAAGGCCACGUGGAGCAGAGCGGAUUGAACAGUGCAAAAGAAUUACAAGACAUUGCCACAUUCUGAGCUGUUGUGAAUAUCUUGUCACGCUAUCUUAUCUCCUAGAAUUCACCAGGGUCUUCACUAUCUCUUUCCCCUCAGACUUGAACUAAAGAUGCAUGUCAAGUCGAUUUGUCGUCAAAUCAGGCAGAAUAUAUAGACGAGACAUGUAAAUUGACCUAAUCAUAGAGUUAUUUUCACCAAGGUAUUUUUAGCGCCUCUGCUUCCACGACGUUUCGCCACGAACAGAAAUAAGCUGUGGUGGACCAACUGUUGUCUCAAAAAUAAACUGACUCGGUAGUACAAUUUUGUAAUUGAUGCCUAUUUUUUAUUUUGGUUUGAAAUCUUUUAUUGUCAUUCUAAGAGAUAGGAAAAUUUUAAUGCUGUUGUUUUACAGCGAAGGACGAGUUUUAACCUUAGCCUCCAUAAAAAUAUCAUUACCACAAGGCUUUCCUUCAGCUGGUGCAUGCCAGCAAAUCCGAUUUUAAUAAUACUUCUGACUAAAUGGCAUGUAAAUUUCUCAAAUUUUCUAUACGUUAAGGCCAUUAAUUUAACACAAAGAGACCCCUACUGCAAAUGAUUAAAAGAGAAGUGUCAUCAUACUAUGAGAUUACUUCACUUUUAAAUAACUUAAUUCAUAAUAAAAGUAUUAAACUUGUCUAUGGGAUUAAUGCCAUAUGAAGCAGCACUAAAGCUAUUAAAAACUACCCCCCUUAACAAAAUUUGUGACCUAAGUUUGUGUACUUAAACACCACAAUGUGAUUUGUUUUCCUUACAAAUCCCGGUAGUGAUAUUAAUGUGGUUGAGCUGUGAAUAGGAGGAUCAUGUUUGCAUAUACACUGAAAUUGCGAAGCAAAAAAGGAAAUUGCCAAUAAAUGAUAAUUAUGAUGAUGUGUGCUUAUCUAUUAGUUUUAUUCAAAGUUACAAAGAUUUCACUUUGUUGAAAAAUUUGUCAGUAGGGGACUGUUUUCUAAGUCAAGAUCUCGACCUUUUCUCGACCCUAAUAGCUGUCCAAAACCAAAAUUCAGGGAAAAUGCCAAGUUUUAUUUUUAAAGAAAAAAUAAAUAAAUGAAUCAUGUGGUAGGUACUUCAUGUGCAUGGUCACACCAUAGAUAUUCAUUCAUAGACCCAACAGCUAAAAUUAAAUACCAAUUUAACGGUACCAUGUGAAAGUAAAUGUACUGCUAAAGAGGUUUCUUUUGAAUGGUCACAGUGUAGGAUUAAAUUCCCAGAAUCAAAUGUUAGAAUUAGUAUUGGUAAUAGCAUGAUUUGUAGUAAUAUUAAACAUAAAUACCACAAGUGAUAUUUUGAAAUUGUUGUAUGUAAUUUUAAAAGUCGUUAGGCAAGUGAAAUUUGAGACAAUUUUGAAAUAUCACGAGUUGUAUUUACGCCAAAUAUCACAUACAAAUCAUGCUAUUAGUAAUGUUGUUUAUACUACUACCCCCACAAGGUUUGUAAUUUUCACAUGUAGGUAUUUCAAAUUAAGCUGAAAUACCACUGCUCUAAGCCAAUCAAAUGUUAGAAAUUUCUCAUGUAGUAGUAUUACAUAAUAAGUAAAUAGUACCAUGUGAAAGUACUGCUGAAGAGGUUUUAUUUGAAUGACUCUACAAGGUUAUCUCAUCCACAGACUCCAAAGUUGGAAUGUCACUUUUCAUAACUUCCACUUUUAACUUUGAGACUGAAAGGGCAAAGUUCUUUUCUGAUAAAAUGGUGGGGCAGAUUAAUAGUUUCCUAGUUUGCCUUAUCAAAAUAAAACAACAGAACAUUAGAUAAUGGCCAAAUCUUUUUGGACUGGCUAAAAAUAAUGCAGGGUGACAGAUGAUAUUUAAAGGUUUGCAAUCAGAGUAAAAACAGACUGUUUACAGAUGAGAAAAAUCAACAGUUGCCUCUUAAAUUAUUAAUAUUGCUAUAGAUUGAAUUAAGUUGAUCAAUUCCUGUGCCAGAAGAUAACACAAUGAAUCAUUGCUAUUUCAUUCCUGAAUGCUUAACAUGUACCGACUGCCUGGAGGUUGGCCACCUCAUUUUCUGAAUAGAGACAACUUGGAGACAACUGGGGACGAGUCAGCCUCAUUUUGGUUUUUCAUAUUCUUGGCAACCUGUGUUAGUUCAGGAAGUGAAUUGGGUGAAUUUUUUUUUUAAUGAAGCCUACCGGUAGUAUUAUUUUAUAACCUAGUUGCUGAUUUUUUUUAUCCUGUUCUUAAGUUAUAGAAAGAAUCAUUUUGAAAGUCACUGAUUAUUUGGUAAUUCAUGUAUUCCUUUUUUUUUGCAGUGUAAAUGAUUCCAGUUGUUUUGUUAUUAGAGAAUGAGAAAAUAGGUAGAGACUAACCAACUUAAGCAAAAACAGUAAAAAAAAGCAAAACUAGCCAACUUAAAAAACAAACAAACAAACAAACAAAACCAAAGAAAUACAAUGUUUAAUGGCAGUACAUCCAAUAAGUGUCUACUUAUCUGCCACAUUUUGAGGAGACUGGAAAACCAGAGAGGGUGGAGAAAAAUUGGUGAGAAUAUUCUUUAACUUGGCUGCAUUAAGGGCAUAAACAGAUCUUUUAUUGAAAAGAAAAACAUUUAAUUACUGUUGAUCUGCUUACCUGUCAUCAGCUCUUAUUAAACUUUCCUGCUCACAUAGUUAAUCAGUUUUCUGUGGGUCCUGCUUAUGUAAAAUGUCACUAGAGUGGUCAAUCUGCCUUCAGGCAACUCUUGUCAAUCAUGUUUGUCACGAACUGGAGUUUUGUGAGGAUAAUUUUCCCUGGCAGUGAGCUACUUGGGGUUUAUCUGUUGAUGAGUUCUUAAAAGUAGAUUUUAAAGUCCACUAAUUUAGGACCAAUGCUGUAAACAUCCUAUCACAUGGGGGUGGGGGAAGGGGGAAACAUUGUAAGACUUGUACAAAUCAAACCGAAAUAGAAUAUGGCAUGGCAAACUUCUCUUAUCUGUGUGGCCAUUUAAGAAAUUGUGUCAAAUGUUAAGUUUUUUAACUAUUUGUUUUCUGUGAAUUAAAUUCUUCAACUAUUUUUUGUGAAUUGGAAUUUGGCCUGUUUUUGUACCUACAUUCCUUGUUGGAGUAGAGAAACUUGUUUUACACUUGAAAAAAAAAUCUCAAACAUCUUUGCAAAGUGUAGCUUAUAAUAAUAUUAAACUUCAAGGGACAUUUUUGCUAAGUGUUGUUUCCUUCUUAAGGACAAUUCAUCUGAUCAUUUAAAAAAAUCAAUAUCUUGCAUGCAAGUGAAAAAUGCAACGAGAAAGGUUAGUUGUCAGACUAGAGGGACUGCAGACUUCUUGGAAUUUUGGUCAUAAAAACUAAACCAAGAGUAUUAAUACUUUUGAUGCAGGUAAAAUUUCUCCAUUCUUUGAGUUAUGUGCGAAAAAAGCCAUAUGAAGCAAAGAUUCAAUCCCUAGUGAUGAUUGUAAGUUUAAUGAACUUAAUACUUUGCGUGAGUAUAUUUUCUCUCUAAGGGAGCUAAACUAAGGAGUAAUUCCUUGACCUACUUCAGCUUAUGAUAACCCAGCCUGAUUGUCUCCCACUGCGCUAAAAUAAUUUGCUUUAAGAAGAGAAGUAGUUUUGAUACUUUAUGCUGAAAUACUUCAUUUUAAACUUUAACGUGUGGUUAGCUAGUUUGUCCUUCCUAAAAUUAGUAGAUCUUUGGUAAGGUGUGUAAUAUUAUGCAUAGUUUAGUGAUUAUUCUAACAAGGUAAACUCUUGCUUUGUACAUCUAUAUUGAUCUGCUUGAUUUGUUAGAUUGGAAUUAAAGUGUGAUUUUUAAUGGGGUGGUAUUUUUGGCACAAAUAAUUUUAAUAUCACUCUCCGCCAUGGCAAUAUUUGUAAUACUAAGCGGUGUCUCUUUCACAGCCAAUACCUUGCACAGCCGCAAUUUUACUAAAUUUGAGUCAUUAUACCAAACAUUAUUGAGUUUUGUUUGGUCAGUCUGGGUCUCGUGUCAUAAACUGUUAUGAGCGUGCACAAAGAUGUGGGACCCAACCCAAGCACGAGGGAGAUGACAUGCAAUGAAGGGUCUUUAGUGAAAACGUGAGAGUUUGCCCCUCCUCUAUUUACUAACUAAAGAACCUUGACCUUAAGUAGAAGAUAAUGAUGGCAUUUCACCCAGAUUCAAAUUUGUUCGCCCAAAGAAAAUCACGAUAUAUAUACAUGUACAUAUAUAUAUAUAUGGGUAACCUUUUGCUUGGUUUGGAAUGUUUUCCUGGUGUAUUAAAUAUGGGAAAGUGGAAAAUGGUUGAGUCAUUGUAACUUCUCUCUCUCUAUUAAGGCAACUGAAAAUGGAAAAUUAUAUUUCACUUGAAUGAGUCUACCCUUGGCUUUUAUUUUAAGACUCAACUACACCCCUUAUUUUUCCACAAUGGAAUUAAAUUGGAGUAAAAUGAGAAAAAACAAAUGAAAAAGUGUGAUUUAAAAAAUAGUUUUCAGAAGUGUGACGAGUUUAAGAUAUCUUCAUCUUUGUCAUCUAGUUUCCUUUUGUAAUAUACAUGUGUUACAAUACUGGGAUUAAAAGUUGAACCUUUCAUUUGUUGUUGCCGCUCACCGAGGGUGGUAGUUAAGCCCACAGUGGGAGGUAUUCAAGUGGGCAUGCAGACAGUAUGGUCAUGCUUAUUACUGACGUCGCAAAAGCUAUUCUCUUUGCUCUGUGGAGUGUUAAAUACAUAUGGCUCCAUGGUUAUGGACAUUGACGUUGUUUUUAGCAAAUACUGUUUGUCGGCGGGUAUUGAUGCUGUACCCAUUUGUUAUAUUUAUCAAGUACAUGUAUGCGGCAUUAACAUAACAACCACUUCAUUGGUCAUAUAUACUUAACUUAUAUUGCACAACAUCACACCAUGGAUCUUGAUCCUAAAUACUGUGGACAAAAAUUGUAACAGUUUCAAAGUUGCUAAUCGAGAAUAUAAUUCAAAUGAAUUGGUUACUGUUUUGCAGUGGACAUAAGCACUCUAACAAUUUGAAAGUUUAUUGUCAAUUAAACAUUGUUAGUUAAUUAUAUGUAAUUAAUUCUUAAUAAUGUGUCUCAGCUCUUUGUAUGUGUUAGUGGUCAAAGUUACAUUCAGGUUGAAAUUUUUUAACCUACUCAUAGAUUAAUUCUAAAUUUCCUUCAUCUUUUAGCCCUGCUUUAUAAAAUAAUUAGGGUUAGUGGACUAAGAAAAUUGAGAAUCAACCGAGGUUAAAAAAAAUUUCACCUGAAUUUAACUUUGACCUGUAACAUAUGCAUGUACAGAAGAUGUUACCAAAUGAGAUAACCUUUGCUUGUUAUCUAGGUAUGCAUUUGGUGAUUCAAGAAAGCCUUCCACACAAUCAGCCACUCUUAUUGAAGAAAUUGUUCAUUCACAGAUGGCAAGCUUGGUAUGAUCUUGAUUUUAUAGAUAUGCAUGUCUUUAUCUUAAUUGAAGGGAUGAUUUAUUGGCUGUUCAGAAUUUCGGAGUGUUUAGUGACAUUUAAGUAUAGGAGGAGGGAAUUUUUAUCGAGUGGUGUCUUGUAAAGACUCAAUUUUAUUAAACUCUCAAGAAUGGCAUUACGACAUCCCUUAAAAAGAUUUCAAUGAAGCACAAGCUCUCGACAAUAUCAACUAAAACAGUUGAAGCUUAUAUUGCUGCCUGCAUAGCUACAAUGACGUGGAUGCUUAUAAAUGUUGAUAAAUAUAGAAGGUUUUAUUGAAGAGGUCUUCUAGAGCAGGAUCUCCUGAGAAGGUGUUUUGACAGCAGUGGUUAUUAAAGGACAAUUUCCUAGUGAAUGGGGCUUAUUUGAGGGGGUAAUAAUUAUUGGAGUAUAUUAGAGGGUGUAUUAUACAAGGAGAUUAGAACAGGGAGGUCUAUCAGAGAAUGGGUUUAUGACAGAAGGGAUUUCUUAGAGGAAUGACUUGUUUAUUAGCACAGGAGGGGUCUAUCAGAGGAGGUUCCAUUUGAGAGAGGUGCUUAAAGGGGGGAUAUACAUAAGUUUUAUUAGAGGAAUUAUGGUAGAGGUUUAUUGUGAAGCAAGGUUGUGUCUACAAAAGUGCAGUCUGUCAGAGGGCCUUUUUGUUUUGGGGGGGGGGAGGGAGCUUUUAUGGAGAACAGGUUAUCUGUUAGAGUCUGUGGGUACAUGUAUUUUAGAUAAGUAGAAAUGCCCAGCUGUGGAGAUUUAAAAUCUGUAGAGUAUCUCACCUCAUCCCUGAUGCACACAAUCAACUCACUGACCAAAUCAUAAAGUGGGUGGGGCUCAGGACUUUUCAUGUAAUCCUACAUGUACUGCAAACCACUUUGUAAGUGAUAAAAUACGUGAUAAAAAUGCCGCCAGUGACCGUAUUCCGUAUUCUAGGAGAGUUGGCUGAUAUGGAUAAGGCCUGGUUUAGGAAUUUUAACUGGUUUAUUAGAGAAGGGGCACGUUGCGAGCCAUUCAUUGCAAAAGAAACUUAAUCGAUAAAGGGGUGAAGUAGUCAGGUGACUCAUCGGUAUUGCAGGGAAGCUGAUUAGAGAGGAUGGCUCCUUGGAGGGAUUGAGUGACUAAGCAUAUCUGCCUAACUGCUUUGUAUGAGGAAAAACUGAGCGGAUUUGAAGUAAAACUGACAGAAGAGCCUCAAUAUUACAUUUCAACUGCAUGUAACUACCCAUAUGUUUCAAUGUCCCUUGUACUGGCUGUAACAUUAUCAGCUUUAAUGGGCACAGAUAACUUUGACACCCAACUUGCGUAUAAGGAAGAGAUCUUUAAAGGCAUACCUGAAUGGGUCCGAUCAUUCAGUCAAAGUCAAGAAAAAUGCAAAAAUGGUGUAAAAUUAACCAGAAAAUUCCAAUGAAAGUCUUGUUCCACAACUCGCCCUACUUUCUCAUAAAUCAACAGGUUGUGCGAGCUGCUGAGGUAACAAAUAUGAGGGGUGGAAGAUUCAUGAGUGUUGAAGAUAUCAUUUUUUUGAUGAGGAAAGACAAAGUAGGUUUUAUGUAGAUAUAACAUAACACUCCCCCAUGAAAAUAAUAAUUAUAAUUUUAAUAAUUAUUAUUAUUGGAUGAGGCCAAGAAUUAUAUGAAGAAUUAUGAAAAUUGAGGAGGGUGUUAUCUGCCAAGGCCAAAGACCAGGGGAGAUGAUGCUGUAUAAGAUCUGGAAAUUCAUCCAUCUAUCUACAUGUAGUAUCCAUUCAUCCAUCCAUCUAUCCAUCCAUCCAUCCAACCAUCUGUCCGUCCACCCUUCUCUCCAAUUGUCUGUCCAUCUAUCGAUGUUGCCUAAAACCAUGUGAAAUACAUUUAUAAUAAUACACAAUAGAUUUAUAAAAUAGUAAAGAUGCUAAACACUAUUCUAAAUUAUUUUACAAAAUGUUCAAAAUUCUAUUGGCAAGGAAGCCUAUAUAGAAGGGGGACUUAUGAACUAUAGGCUUCUUCAUACUAUAUGAAAGGAUAAUUCAAUGACUAUUGUAUUAUUGAUUCAACAAUUUUCCAGACUCAUAACAUCCUUGCCACUAAUUACAUGUAUAUUGUAGAAUUCCCAUCUUUAAAACAUUUGCCUUUUCCUUUACAGAUUCAGAAUAUAAAUGCACACAUACGUUCUUGAUCAUUAUCAUUUUAAAUGAUCACAGACAACUUUGUCAUGUACAGGGGGGAAAGAUCUUUCAAACAAAAGUUGAAUGGGCAUGAAAAUACAAAGAUUCCUUUGAAAAUCUAUUUCCACUACUCAUCUGCACAGUUUCAGUCUUUCUAAAAGUGUUAGUUGUCCUUAAAACUUUCUCCACAGAAAAGAAAUAAAAACAGUGCAAGAAAAUGCAAAAAAAAAAAGAAAGAAGGUAGAGGAAAAAGCAAAACAUAAAAGUCAAUGGCAGAAGUGAAACUUUAAAACCUGAAAACUCGAUUUAUUUUGGGACAGAUUGCUCCGUAUCUACUGAUUUUGCACUGUAGAGUAUAACAAGAGUUAAGUAAAUUAUCGUUAUGUUAUAGGAAAAGCUUAGGAGGUUAAUCAGAUAUCUGAACUUCAAGGACAUGAAGAAUAAAUCCCAGAAACAAACAUCUCAAGAUGAUGAUGAAGUCUUGGAAGUUUCAGGUUAUUUAUUUUGGUAAAUUUUAGUCCAUGUAUGUGUUUGUCAGUAUACACCUGACAUUGGGGUAUAGAAUGGUAAAUUCUAGAUUUUACAAGACUGUGUGACCCAAAAUUCAAAAUUCAAAAUUCAAGACUGAAACUUUUAAGGAAAGUGUGUUUAUCAAUAAUUCUGAGCCCAAGACUUUGCUUUUAAAAAAUCCAAGCGAGAGACUCUAAGCGCCAAAAAUUUUGAGAUAAUGGUACAAAUAAAUCAAAGCUAAAUAAAAUGACCAAAAAUUAAUAUACCAAUGGAAGCCAGGGGAAGCAUGCCAAUAUCCUGCUUUGUCUUGUUUUACUGUCUUAAUCUACUACCUCAGUUCAAUAAGAUGUACCCAUAAAUUCUGAAAAGUUCAACUUCUGAGGGCAAAUUUGAGACUCCAAUAGCCACUGGAAAAAAAUUUGGACUCCAAGGUGAAAGAAUUGCCCAAAAAUGAGACUUCGAGACCCAUCAAAAACGCUUCCGAUAUUUUGAGAUCGGGCCAAAAAUUUUCUGUGACCCAUGUUUUUUGAGGUACCAUUCUAUACCCCAGACUACUUAACAGAGGUCAGUGAAUGCAGCAUUGGGAAAGCAUCUGCUUUAAUAGUGCUUCAGCACUGUCUUAUUUAAAAGAAUUAGUGUUAGUAGAACUAUAAUGUGAUAACUUCCAAAUCGAAUGUCUUUCUACCCUGUGCUUUGCAAGCGUUGCACACCAUCACAUACUGAUGAUGAUGACCAUAGAGAGGAGAAGUCGUCAUGUCACGUUGCUUUGGUAGCAAAAUUACUGGAUGACAAUAAACUGAAAAUAUCACUUAAAAAGUGAAUUUGCACUGUUUUAAACUUCAUCGAUUUUAUUUAUUUAAUUUGUCAAAUCAUCAAAUUUGUCUGGAGUUGAAUCGGAAAAGACCAUGUCUAAGUUUAGAAAAACAAGAGAAUUUUUGUGUUGUUUUAACGUGCUCCAUGAAGCAGGCGCGUGAAAAAAGGAGUUGUCAUGUUGUAUUCGUGCAAUGGUGGCUAAGAAAUUUACAAAAAACCGUGAUGCAUGUGCAAAGUUGUUGUUUUUCUUAAUAAACCUAUUGCUUUUUUUACCAUUCUUGUUGUUGUCGUCAUUGUUGUUGCUUAAGCUCACUAUUGUUGUGAUCCAGAAAUGUUGCUUCCAUAGUUAUGACUGUUAGCUGAAUUUUUGUUGAAGGAAAUUUCUUGUCUCUUGUUGCAGCCAGUGAAAUGAAAGGGAACAAGAGGCGGAAGGUUUGUUAUGACUUCAUCAGCUCAAUAGAUCAAACAGGUAAAUAAACACUAUUUAAGAAAUCAUUUGAGCAGAAUGGAAUUUAUUUUGAAAGUACUUUACUGCCUUAGCUAACACUUGAAUAAACCAAUAGCAGACUAAUAGGAAGGGGGUACAGUUCUAACACUACAGCUGUACAUGUAUACAUGAGCUUGAUCCUAGCAAACUGGGAUAGAACUCUAGUCUCGUGGGUAUUAUGUGGCCUCAGGGGUUACUUUCUGUGAAGUACCAAAGCUUGUUGGUGCUUAAUUGCGCAAAAACAGGGACCACCCUGGACCUCAUGUUUGCCCUGUGAAGUCGUAAUACUCCCAGCUGCUUCAUUCUUAAAAAACUGGGAUAACACCUGACCUAUUGGGUACCCUGUGAAGUAGUAAUACCCCAGCUGCUUUAUCCUUAAAAAACUGGGAUAAUGCCUGACAUCUUGGGUACCCUGUGAUGUGGUAAUACCCCCAGUUGCUUAAUUCUACAAAACCUUGGAGAACACCUGACCUAUUGGAUACCCUGUGAAGUAGUAAAACCUCAGCUGCUUUAUCCUUCAAAAAACUGGGAUAAUGCCUGACAUCUUGGGCACCAUUUGAAGUAGUAAUACCCCCAGUUGCUUAAUUCUACAAAACCUUGGAGAACACCUGACCUCUUGGGUACCCUGUGAAGUAGUAAUACUCCCAGCUGCUUCAUUCUACCAAAACUGGGAUAAUGCGUGACCUCUUGGGCACCCUGUGAAGUAGUAAUACCCCAGCUGCUUUAUCCUUCAAAAACUGGGAUAACGCCUGACCUUUUUGGUACCCUGUGUAGUAGUAAUACCCCCAGCUACUUCAUUCUACAAAAAUUAUGAUAACGCCUGACCUUUUGGGUACCCUCUGUAGUAGUAAUACCCCCAGCUACUUCAUUCUACAAAAAUUAUGAUAACGCCUGACCUUUUUGGUACCCUGUGUAGUAGUAAUACCCCCAGCUACUUCAUUCUACAAAAAUUAUGAUAACGCCUGACCUUUUGGGUACCCUGUGAAGUAGUAAUACCCCCAGCUGCCUCAUUCUACAAAAACUGGGAUAAUCCCUGAUCUCUUGCGUGCCCUGCAAAGCUGUACACACCUAUAAGGCCCAUUUAUAGCAGUACAACUCCUCCUUACAUGGUUUGUAGUGGAACCCUGGGAUAUCACGUGAUUCACAUGGGCAGAUGGAGAAUCUCUGAACACGUCUGUAAUCUAGUUUUGUCUUUUCUUUAUUAAAGUUAAGUAAUUGAGCUAAUCCUGUCGUACAUUAACAGGUUUGCACACCUCCACUCCUUACCAUCCUGUAUCCGUUGCAAUCAUUUUGGAUUAUUAUUUUUAAAAAAUUAAUACUAAAUAUUGUGUUCAUAUCAGGAAAGAAAAUGCCUAAUGCCCUUUUUUAUUUUCAGGGGAACUUGUUGCUUUGUUUGAUGAUGAUGAUUUAGAUGAAGUAAAGCAAGAAAGAAAUGAGGUGGAUAAGCUUUAUUUAAUUAUUUUUAUUUUGUUUUUCAUUUUGCUUUUCAUAUUUUGCUGUGACACUGAUAAGAUCCUUUGUUUGUUAGAGAGCAGAACGUUUAUCACGGACGCUGGAUCCUCAACAAUAUAUGGAGUUUACAGAGUGUCGUCAGGCAAACUUUAGUAAGUAUUGUUGUUAAUUAGUUGAGGUCAACUUUCCUCUCUGUCUGUCUGUUUCCCCUUUGCAUUCUUACCUCCUGGUAAAGACAAAAAUCUAAAAAUAACAUGGCUACCCCUCUUUUUGAGCACAACUAGAGCCACAAAUACUAUUUACUACUUUGCAUGGCUAGAUUAUCCAGGGGCUAAGAUUCGUGAAACCUAAAUUAAAAGCUAUAGUAGCAGUUCUCACCAGCGUGACCAUUGUUUAGGAACAUACUUACUAUCCUUUGAGACCUUCAUUAUUCCAUCUCCAAAUUAGACUAAAUUCUAUUUUUUAUUAGCACUGGUUUGUAUUCACCAAAUGUCUAAUUUUAGGCAGUCAUAUUUUAUUCAUUUUGUAAACAUCUGGAAUGCCUUAAUGUACCUAAUAACAGUAAGCGUAGUAGUACUUCUCUCAGCAAUAAUUUUCAAAGGCAAACUAAAGGAUUAAGAGCAGUGUUUGACCAGGGCAACAUAAGAUCAUAAGGUUGUUUGCCCAAAAUGUUGUAAGGUUACUCCUUCUGCAGUGUGAUCUUGUUGAGUACAUCUGUGAUAUGUAUAUAAUUUUUCCUUAUACCUCAUUCUUUUUCUUCAAAAUUUUAUUUCUUAUGGCGUCUGGCUGGAUAGUUUUUAUCUUUCUUAUGUUUUGGGGGGGUUGUUUUUGGGUCGUUUAACCUUGUAUUAAAGGGCUUCAUGUCCUACUGUUUUUCCACCUUGUAGAAUAUUACACUUGUUAUGUAUCAUUAAUCAGCAAAUAAAGAAAUAACCAUUUCUCUAAUUCCUGUAGAUAAGAAAGCUGGUAAGUUCAAGGAGUGGCUGGACUGUGCUUCCCUUAUCGACAUGAAACCCAACACACCAGUUAUGGAAGUCUUUAGCUUUCUGGCUUAUGAGACAGUCGGACAGGUGUGAACACAUGAUGAUAGUUGUGAAGAGCAACUCCCCUAAACCAGUAGACGACCAACAGUUGACUGACAGUCAGUCAACUGUUGGCCAAAAGUCUAGCGAGUUUUUACACAACAAGGCAUGCUGUCAAAUUGUGUCUUAGGUGUUUCAUUUUAAACAGUUUUCCUUGCAGAUGUUACUGUCUGUAAUAGGUGUUGCUAAUGUAUUGGUUAACUGUCAGCCAACAGUUAGCUGACAGUCGGUUUAGGGGCGUUGUUCUUUACAAUUACCCACAUGACUAUUAGCACAUCAUAAAUCUAGUGAAUAUGCAACAAAAUGUUAAGCCUUCUUCUCUUUAGAAACAAUGUACAUGUAUAUUAUUCUCUGGUUUGUUUGAUAUUGGGUGACACCAUUAAGUACACGUAUCUCAAAUGCUUUUGAAAACCCAAGUGUUAGAUCUGCUUUGUCAUGCUAUUGAGUCCUUGUCUCUGUAGAAACAUGUAUAUAAAGCUCUUUCGCUGCUUUGUUUAACAUUGACUAGUAUUUGUAUUUCAGAUGCUAUUGAAAACCCUGGAAAAUAAUUUUUGACAAGGAAACUAAUUUAACCUGUCAACAAAGAUGUAUUUCUGGUUGUCAUUUGUCUCAGUGCAAAAAUUAACUUCAGUGAGUAACUGUUUUGGGCUGAGACAAGCAACAACCAGAAAUACUUCUAUGUUCACAAGGUGAUGUAAUUUAAAAUUAAUAGGAAAGUAUGAUAAAGUACCUUUUCAAUUACAAGUCAUAAGUAAUAGUAUUAAUAAUAACUUUUCUAUGUAAGCUAACUCUAAAGAUAUUUCAUGACUAAGGGUCUUGGCAAGUUUGUGUGAUACGUACAUAUGUGCAGGUAAUCUGUUCAUUUCCAAGAGCUUUCACUUGAAAUUUGCUUCUGGUUUGACAGAUUGUUGACUUGGCCUUGUUGGUGAAAAAAGAUUUAGAAGGAGGUGAUAUGAUGACACAGGUCAUGCCACCAGUCUCCAUCCUAUCAGAGAGUCAAUCUUCAGUUGCAACACCUGCUACUGUAACAUCUACACCCUCAACCCCUAACCACACUCCACCUGGUACCCCCACCACGCCCACUACCCCUUUUCUACCAAGCCCUACCACUAGUGGGACAAGUAGUACUUCAGCUACAUCACAGAAUCCAGUGUCUAAACAAAAGAACAAGAAGAGGAAAUUAAAGGUAAAUUCAUUUGAAUUAUUCUCUUGGUAUACGUGCUAUGGCUUUUUUUAUAUAUGUCACAAUAGGCUAAUUUCAAUAUAUUAAAAUUCAUCCAUGGGUCCAAGUAGCCUACCGUAUUUAUUCGAUUAACCGCCCUGGGUGCUUAUUAAAUUUUUGGACCUUGAGAGUGGGCGCUUAUUCAAGGUGGGCGCUUAUUUGAGGCUGGGCACUUAUUAAAUUUUCACCAUUUUCAGCAAUUAGUGUAGUAUUUUUUUUUGCAACAAAAUAGUAAAUGCCAGUAACAAAACGCAAAGAAGUAACAAAGCAAGGUUUCUGUAAAAUACUUGGGAGAAAACUCCUUCUUUGGGGAAGUCUCUUAUUAGUACUUAUUCAAUUUCAAUUUCAAUCUCAUUAUCUCCCAAGUAGGUGGGGUGGGGGUGGGCGGCUAUUUGAGUUUGAUUGGGAGGAGAAGGGGGUGGGGUGGGUGCUUAUUCGAGGCUGGGUGCUUGUUAACUUUUUCUGCCUUUAGGAUGGGCGCUUAUUCGAGGUGGGCGCUAAUUUGAGGUUGGGCGCUUAUUCGAAUAAAUACGGUAUGUCACAAACAGAAAUAAACUUCUGGUUUAGUUGGUCUGCAAAACAGUGCCAAAAUCCUUGUUCUGGGCCCCCACCUGUGUACCAGGAUUUGAGUACUCGCCAUGAUUGGCCUGUUAAUAAAGCCAUUGUUGAUUUGCCAAUCAGGUUAAAGAGACAUUCGAAAUGCAUUUCCAGUAGUGUGAGUUGAGUCCAUUGGGGGUCCAGAACAAGGGCCAUAGGUGCAGGUGACUAUGAAGACUUGACAGAGACCGGAAACUGUGCUAGAAAAGUCUCUGGCACCCAGGGUAAGUCAUUAUGGAAAAGUGAUGCCUUUAGUCACACAUGCACUUUCCGAGGAAUUUGGCUGAUUUCUGGCCUCUGUGAACUCAAGACAGAAAUCUAAUUUAUACUUAAUUUGCUUGUUGUUUUAUUUCAGGGUACUGCAGCAAAUCUCUUAAACAGCAGUGGUGACUGUAUUCAACCUCAACACAUACGUGAAGCCAUCAGAAGAUACAAUCAUUUUAUAGGACCAAUGGCUCCCUUUUCUGUGAGUUUCAUGUAUAAGUUCAAAUGCUGAUGACCUCAUUGAGAAAGACCCAGUUGCUUGUAUCCCAAAAAGAAAAAUAAUUUGAUAUAUUUGGUAUCUGAGAACUAAGUCCAAGGGGAAGAUGCCAGGCAAAGCUAUUUCUGAGGGGGUGUUUACAUGAGAAAACUCGCACCGGCGUGNAUUCGAAAUGCAUUUCCAGUAGUGUGAGUUGAGUCCAUUGGGGGUCCAGAACAAGGGCCAUAGGUGCAGGUGACUAUGAAGACUUGACAGAGACCGGAAACUGUGCUAGAAAAGUCUCUGGCACCCAGGGUAAGUCAUUAUGGAAAAGUGAUGCCUUUAGUCACACAUGCACUUUCCGAGGAAUUUGGCUGAUUUCUGGCCUCUGUGAACUCAAGACAGAAAUCUAAUUUAUACUUAAUUUGCUUGUUGUUUUAUUUCAGGGUACUGCAGCAAAUCUCUUAAACAGCAGUGGUGACUGUAUUCAACCUCAACACAUACGUGAAGCCAUCAGAAGAUACAAUCAUUUUAUAGGACCAAUGGCUCCCUUUUCUGUGAGUUUCAUGUAUAAGUUCAAAUGCUGA